AUGACGGCGUGCGCCCUCCCUGCGGGUGGGUGUCCGGACCCCCGGCGCCGCGCCCCCGCGCGGCGGGUUCCAUCCCCGCCCGGCGUCCCCCGGGCCCUGCCGCUGCUUCUGCUGCUCCUGCCGCCCUCCGCCCGGGCCGCCGUCUUCACAGUGGGGGUGCUGGGCCCCUGGGCCUGCGACCCCAUCUUCGCGCGCGCCCGCCCGGACCUGGCCGCCCGCCUGGCCGCCGCCCGCCUGAACCACGACCCUGCCAUGGCGGGGUCCCCCCGCUUCGAGGUCGCGCUGCUGCCCGAGCCGUGCCGGACGCCGGGCUCCCUGGGGGCGGUGUCGUCCGCGCUGGGCCGCGUCUCGGGCCUCGUGGGCCCGGUGAACCCCGCGGCCUGCCGGCCGGCCGAGCUCCUGGCCCAGGAGGCGGGGGUCACGCUGGUGCCCUGGGGCUGCCCCGGGACGCGGGCGGCGGGCACGACGGCCCCCGCGGUGACGCCCGCGGCGGACGCCCUCUACGCUCUCCUCCGCGCCUUCCGCUGGGCGCGCGUGGCCCUGGUCACCGCGCCCCAGGACCUGUGGGUGGAGGCGGGACGCGCCCUGUCCGCCGCGCUCAGGGCGCGGGGUCUGCCCGUUGCCCUGGUGACCGCCAUGGAGCCGUCGGACGUGUCCGGGGCCCGGGAGGCCCUGCGGAGGGUCCAGGACGGGCCCAGAGUCAGAGCCGUGAUCAUGGUGAUGCACUCGGUGCUGCUGGGCGGCCAGGAGCAGCGCUGCCUGCUGGAGGCCGCCGAAGAGCUGGGCCUGGCCGACGGCUCCCUGGUCUUCCUGCCCUUUGACACGCUCCACUACGCCCUGUCACCGGGCCCCGAGGCCUUGGCCGCCCUGGCCAACAGCUCCCGGCUUCGCAGGGCCCACGAUGCGGUGCUCACCCUCACGCGGUACUGUCCCCCCGGGGGCAGCGUGAUGGACAGCCUGCGCAGGGCCCAGGAGCGCCAGGAGCUGCCCUCUGACCUGGAUCUGCUGCAGGUGUCCCCACUCUUCGGCACCAUCUACGACGCGGUCUUCCUGCUGGCGGGGGGCGUGGCGCGAGCGCGGGAGGCCGCAGGGGGCGGCUGGGUGUCCGGAGCAGCAGUGGCCCGCCACAUCCAGGAUGCCCAGGUCCCCGGCUUCUGCGGGGCCCUGGGAGGGGCCGAGGAGCCCCCGUUUGUGCUGCUGGACACGGACGCGGCGGGGGACCAGCUGUUCGCCACAUACGUGCUGGACCCAAGCCGGGGCUCCCUCCGCUCGGCUGGGACCCCGGUGCAUUUCCCUAGAGGGGGAGGAGGACCCGGGCCUGACCCCUCGUGUUGGUUCGAGCCAGACAUCAUCUGCAACGGAGGAGUGGAGCCCGGCCUCGUCUUUAUCGGCUUCCUCCUGGUGGUUGGGAUGGGGCUGACAGGGGCCUUCCUGGCCCAUUAUGUGAGGCAUCGUCUAAUUCACAUCCAGAUGGUCUCUGGCCCCAACAAGAUCAUCCUGACUCUGGACGAUAUCACCUUCCUCCACCCGCAAGGGGGCAGCUCUCGAAAGGUGGUCCAGGGGAGCCGAUCGAGUCUGGGCGCACACAGCGUGUCAGACGUUCGCAGCGUCCCCAGCCAGCCCGCGGACAGCGCCAACAUUGGCCUCUACGAGGGAGACUGGGUUUGGCUGAAGAAAUUCCCAGGGGAUCAGCACAUAGCUAUCCGCCCAGCAACCAGGACAGCCUUCUCCAAGCUCCAGGAGCUGCGGCACGAGAACGUGGUCCUCUACCUGGGGCUCUUCCUCGGCAGCGGAGCGGGUGGCACCAUGGCCCCGGGGGAGCGCAUGCUGGCCGUGGUCUCCGAGCACUGUACCCGGGGCUCCCUCCACGACCUCCUCGCCCAGAGAGACAUAAAGCUGGACUGGAUGUUCAAGUCCUCCCUCCUCCUGGACCUCAUCAAGGGAAUGAGGUAUCUGCAUCACCGAGGCGUGGCCCACGGGCGCCUUAAGUCACGGAACUGCGUGGUGGACGGGCGGUUCGUGCUGAAAGUCACCGACCACGGUCAGGGGCGACUGCUGGAAGCGCAGAGGGUGUUGCCGGAGCCUCCCAGCGCGGAGGACCAGCUGUGGACAGCCCCGGAGCUGCUUCGGGACCCGGCCCUGGAGCGCAGGGGAACGAUGGCGGGUGACGUCUUCAGCCUGGGCAUCAUCAUGCAGGAGGUCGUGUGUCGCAGCGCCCCCUACGCCAUGCUGGAGCUGACCGCCGAGGAAGUGGUGGAGAGGGUCCGAAGUCCCCCUCCACUGUGCCGGCCCUCCGUGUCCGUGGACCAGGCGCCCGCGGAGUGCAUCCAGCUGAUGAAACAGUGCUGGGCGGAGCAGCCGGCCCUCCGGCCCUCCAUGGACCGCACCUUCGAGCAGUUCAAAAGCAUCAACAAGGGCCGGAAGACGAACAUCAUUGACUCCAUGCUGAGGAUGCUGGAACAGUAUUCCAGCAACCUGGAGGACCUGAUCCGGGAGCGCACGGAGGAGCUGGAGCUGGAGAAGCAGAAGACUGACCGGCUGCUGACGCAGAUGCUGCCCCCUUCUGUGGCCGAGGCUCUGAAGACGGGGACACCUGUGGAGCCCGAGUAUUUUGAGGAGGUGACCCUGUACUUCAGCGACAUCGUGGGCUUCACCACCAUCUCGGCCAUGAGCGAGCCCAUCGAGGUGGUGGACCUGCUCAACGACCUCUACACGCUCUUUGACGCCAUCAUCGGCUCCCACGACGUCUACAAGGUGGAGACAAUUGGGGACGCCUACAUGGUGGCCUCAGGGCUGCCCCAGCGGAACGGGCAGCGGCACGCGGCGGAGAUCGCCAACAUGGCUCUGGACAUCCUCAGUGCCGUGGGCUCCUUCCGAAUGCGCCACAUGCCCGAGGUGCCCGUGCGCAUCCGCAUCGGCCUGCACUCGGGCCCGUGCGUGGCGGGCGUGGUGGGCCUCACCAUGCCGCGGUACUGUCUGUUUGGGGACACGGUCAACACCGCCUCGCGCAUGGAGUCCACGGGGCUGCCUUACCGCAUCCACGUGAACAUCAGCACCAUCCAGAUUCUCCGCGCCCUGGACGAGGGCUUCCAGACGGAGGUGCGCGGCCGCACGGAGCUGAAGGGCAAGGGCGCCGAGGACACGUACUGGCUGGUGGGCAGACGCGGCUUCAACAAGCCCAUCCCCAAACCGCCGGAUCUGCAGCCGGGGGCCAGCAACCACGGCAUCAGCCUGCAGGAGAUCCCCCUGGAGCGGCGCCUGAAGCUGGAGAAGGCGAGGCCGGGCCAGUUCUCCGGGAAGUGAGGCGCGCAGCGCAGCGGGAACAGGAGUAUUCCGGAAGGUCCUUUUCCUGAAAGUUGCUGCUAUGGGUGACCAACAGUCUGGCUGAUACCAGUGGCUUCUAUCCGGCUUUGCCUCAAAGGAUUCUGGGCCUUUACACCUGCUGUGUGACCUCGGGAAAGUCUCAUGCACUCUCUGGGCUUGGAUUUCCCUCAUGAUGAAAUAAGGAGUGGCCUAGGUGGUUUCUGCACUCCUAAGCUUCCGGAUGGCCUGGGUGUAUGGGCGCCGGCCCCAGUAACUCUGAGCCCAUCAGGGGAGGUGGGGCUGGGGAUUCUCUGCUUUCCAGGGCCUCCCAGGGCCCCAGGAAGGAAGGUCUGGGGUUGGAAUCCCCAACCCCAGAGGAGGCAGAGACCUGCGGUUCCCCCAGAGCAGGGGUUUGUGGCCUGAGGAUUAGCCUCUGCUUAGCCUCGAUAGUCCUUCCCUUCUCCC